UUUAAAUGUCUAGUUGACCAAUCAGAUUGCCUGGUCGGAUCUAGCUACGUUACUUGUUGUUAGCUGCACCCAUGACCUAGCUAACGUUAAUCUAAUUAGCUAAAGUUGGUAGUUUACUUAGCUAGCUAGCUAGCUACCCAACAUACAUAGAUAUAUGCCCAACAUAGACGGCAAAUAAGCAUGUCUUGAUACAUCUUGAUUUCUAUCUAAAUCGCUAACUAACCGAAACCACUUAAGCUAGCUAGCUAGCUAGCUAAUUAAAUAAUGCUAAUUCGGUUAGUUAAUAUAUAUUAACGAUUGCUAGCUAACGUUAUCUCAAUUUGGCUAAUGUUGACUAGAACUAACAUUAGCUGACGCUAGUUUCUUAUCGCUUACCAUUUAACACUAACGUUAAUGCAGCUUUCUUAUUCUUGGCUAACAACCAAUGGUUAGCUAGGCUAACGUUAGUUACAAUUUAGUUACGCUAACGUCAUUGUAAAUUUCACUUUGUAGCUAGCUAGCUAAUGUUAACUGUCACGAUCGUUCUUGAACAUCGAUGUUCAAGAAGUUAACAAUCUGGUAGCUUAGAUAGCGAUAAGCGUUGUUAUCACCAGACUCAAGGCGGAUCAUAACGUAAUUCAAUAUGAGUCGUCGAUCAUCUGCUGUCAGAAGUCAAUUAUUUGUGGAUUUUUCUGAAACCGAACUGCACAAACUGCAGCUGCAUCAUCGUAGAUCAGAGGCAGCCAAGCGGGCAUACACUGAGAAAACCCAAAGCAUCAUCUUCAGAGACAAACGGGAGAUCCAGAGGCUCCAGCAUGAACGUGAAGAGCUUUUACUCAGUCUCAGAGCCUCUCAGAGUUCUUCCAGUCGUUGGACUGAUACUAGUGUUGUUCAAGACCUUACUGCCAAGUUGGUCUGUGGAGACGGAAUAGAUGAAGAGUUGGAAGCAGAAAAAGGCAAAGUGGAAUCUUUGAAAGAUCAGAUUUUAAUAUGGGAGAGGAAGUUGGAAGGACAGAAGACUGGUGGGGGAACUACACAUCACAGUAUGAAAUCUGAUAAGAGCAAUUUACUAAAAACCACCUGCUUAAUAGAAAACAAACUGCACAGGGGCCGCAAAUGCUUCAAUACGACAAUGACCAGGAAUAGCGAGUUGAGGGAGGAACUCAAGAUACUGCAGGUUGAGAAGAAACAGUUUCUACAUGUUCAUACUCGGCUGGAAAAGGAGCUGCAUGCGAUUCGCAAUGAUAUUUGUAACCUCAUGACGAAUUGCACUGAAGCCUUCAAUGCCAGUGUGAAGAGCCAUGAAAGACAGAGGAUGCUGGUGGACCAGAAUGCUAAAGAUGUGGCUCAGUACAUCAAAGAGAGGAGCAAAUUGAAACGGGGAAUGUCUCACUACUGCAAAUUUGAGGUUUUCUUAGGCAUUAAGGCUAUUGCACGCAACAACCAGGACACAGACCACAAAAAAGUGAAGCACAAGCAAUUGGAGUCUAAGGAAUUGGGACCGGAAGAUUUUGAGGAUGCUAUCAAAAAGAUCCUCACAGAGACAGAGGAAAGUGACCUGGACAAACUAGUCAGGAACUUCAUACAAAUGGAGGAGCAGAACUACACUUUCCUGAAAUUUGUCAACUAUCAGCACAAUGAAGCAGAGACCAUUCAAAAGCAGAUCUCUCAGCUUUGCAAUGAGAGAGAGAUCUUUGCGGCUGAGGAGCAGCGGCAGCAGGAGCAGCAUCAGGCUCUUCAGAUGAAAGUUUCCAUCAAGCAAGAGGCAAUCGAGCAACAGCUGGCAGUUUAUCAACAGCGUGUUGGGUUUAUUGAAAAGCUCCUAGAUCGGCUCAAAGAAGGUGUUAAAUCAUUGCUUCAGAUCAGCUAUGACAGCUCUGUGAUCUGCAACCAGCUGGGCUCCUCUGAUGGAAUCCAGGAUGAAAACAUCGUGGAGGACCUGAGAAGGGUGGAGAACAGAGUCAAUGAGCUUCUCACUCUGCAGUCCUUCCUUCACUUCCAGGAGAACCUUGACCAGUGGGACAUUGACAGCCUCAGUGCUAUUGCUGGGCAGCUCCUGGGAAUGACCCCCCAAGCUCUAAACUUCACCACUGCUUCUGCGACCCCUACACCUGCUGAUGACCCAGACAUGGUGGAGUCACUGCUGCUGGUUGCAAAGGAGCCAAUGAGUAGACAUGAUCUCCUGAAACUGGUCAAUACCAAGAUUGAGAGGAAAAAGAAGACAGAACUGAACUGAUGUUUACAGUAGAUGAUGCUCCUUGGAGCUGCCAUAAGCUACUGCACACUGAGCCACUGGAAAGAAGUCUGUGCUGAGUUUUUCCAUUUUCUAAAAGCUUUAUUGUGCUCUAUAAAUGUUUAGAUGGGCAUGUGAAGCUUCAAUGUGUCAGUAAUUCAACAAGGAAUAACCUGCUUGAUUUAAAAAAUGUGAGAGCUAAUGGUAUAUUUACAGUAUGUAUAUUGUAUAUUAAUGUGCAUUUGUUCACAGCCAGUGGUACUUAAUUAAUUCCGUUGUAAUUCAAUAAAUGUAUUUAAGUUA